AGCAAUUGGGAUUUUCGUUUAAUAAUAAUUAAUUUAAUCUACCUUGGAAAAUUAUUGGCGAUGCAUAAAGUCUUUGUUACUGUCGUAGAUUUUGAUAUCUUAUAUAGGUACCGUAUAUUUUCAUUGACUGCUUUGUCAUCAAACAACGCAUAUCUCAGUGAACGUUUGACUGUACGAUGCUGUUUAUUAUAUUGCUUUUCGUAUUUUAACAACAUGCUGCCUAGUGUUAUGAUAGUUACAUGUCUAGUAGGACUAUAUAUUUCCAAUAUAAUGUAUAUUAUACAUUUGAAUACUUUUCCAAAGCUAAAGACAGUUACCUACAUUAAACGUUUUAAUAGAUUAAAUUAGUGUUCCUAAUCCCUCUAUUUCUGUGUUUUCUGCAUUUUUCAUCCAAGCAAUCAAAAUGCACAACUCCAACAUUUUUCUGUAAAACAUUAAGAUUUUUUCAACAUUUAUAGAGUGAAAGAAACACACUAUACGGUACUGUUUUGCAACGGAAAACCUCCCUUGGGAUAAUCAAAUACCAGUUCUACUACCUAAUAAGUAGGCCUACAUCCACGUUUUAGUUUGUGUUCUACAAUAUUUCUCAUUUCUAUUUUAUGCAUUCUGCAUUUCCAGGACCAAGAGUAAUCAUUCCUACUAAUGUAGUAAAAUUCGAUGGAAAAUUACUGCACGAAGUUCAGAAGAAAACAUUCUUUAUUGAAAAUUGCAGUAAUGUUGUUACCAACUUCAUGUUUGACUGCAAUGGGGUAGAUUGUGUCAAGUUUACACCGGAUUUCGGAUUACUGCAACCUUUCCAAAAGUUGCGCAUAAUAACCAGCUAUGCAAACAAGUUGAGAGGCCAGAAAUUCCAUCAAUUCAUGUGCUUGAUUGAACAUCAUCCACCAAUUUCAAUCUACAUUGUUUGCACCGAGAAAAAAAUGACCAACGGACAAAAUGACAAACCAAUGCUAUUUCAUAGUAUCAAAACGUUUUUCCCACAAAAUGAAAUUUCUACUGAUGAAUUGAAGAGAAUUAUCGAUGGCAAUGAAAGCAAUAGAAACUGCAUAAAAUUAUCCGAGCACUACAUUGACUUCGGUACAUGUAGAUUCGGUGAUGUUAAACAGACAACGAUCACACUAACCAAUUUUAGUGGAGCAGAAACAACUAUCCAGUGGAUAUCAAUGGGUCAAACAGAACCAGCUAUAUAUUCACUUCAACUGGAUAUUCUACUCAUGACAGAGAGAGAGAAGAUAAUGAGGAAUAAUUACACAGAGAGUGAAUAUGAUGCUUGUUUAUUUCUGAUUUCUGAAGUCUUUUUUAAGUUCUGAGUGCAUUUCAAGGAAAUGACAUCAGCA